AUGCUCGUCAUCAUACGGAUGCUCAUCAUCGUCGAUCAUGACAUACACAUCCCAAGCCCCACAGAGGUGUAUCGACCCCUUUUCCCCCCUCCCGGCUCGCAGCACCUCUCACUGCUUUCGACACUGUGUGGGCCAUUCUCAUCCCUCACUGAUUUCGCGUAUCGUGUCGGCCGACCGGACGGACGGACGGACAUCAUGGCCGGCGGUGCCGCGGCGGUGAAGACGGUCCUGGCCUCGGCCCUGGUCUUGGUGCGAUCCUUGCCGACCAGCCGUCGCUUCUUCGAGACGGGCCUCAACUUGCCGGUCCUGGCCUCCUCCGAAAAUCAAGUCUUGCUCGAUGCCGGCGCUACCCAGCUCGUCCUCCGUGAGGUGCCCAUGGGGCAAGAGGCUGUGUUGUCCAACGGCUAUUCGCCCUUUCUCAACUUUGAAGUCGCCGACCUGGACACGACCAUGUACAGCCUCCUCGAACUCGGUGCUCAUCUCGAUGGCCGCAUCCUCUACGAAACGGAUCACAAGCUGGCUACAUUGCGCUCGCCGGAUGGCGUCAUGAUUGGCCUCUUGGAGGUCGACAAGGCCGCAAUUGAGAUUCGCCGCCAACACCAAGCCCAGUCAUAA